AUGCCCCGCGCGCUGCCUCAACAUCCCAAGCAUUGUCAACAGGACGUGUACCCAGUCGUCGUUGUUUAUAGGCUGUGGUUCUGCGGCAACGCAAUGUGUCUCGUGGAUGUACAUGAGAAUACCGCGGAAAGGCAUAAUGCGACGCUUGAUGUACCGCUGGAGCCACGAUUCACCAGUAACGUGGACGCAUUCCCUCGUUUGGUGCAAUGUGCAACGUUUGAAACGAGACAGACGAACGCACCAGUGGUAUCCCAAGCAUUAAAUGUGCAGUUUCCUGAGCGGAAUAGUCCCUGA